CCGCGUGUGUAACAUCGUUUCUUCCUUUUCCUUUUCUCACUUCCUCUUGCUCUCUUACCUCCUUUGGCACAUCGCAUGUUGCGUCGCGCGAGUUUCAAUUAAACGACGAGAGGAGAAACAAAAGUCACACCCCCCCUCGUCGCUUGUAACGCGCGGAAUUUGUUUGUCCGAGAAAAUUUCGAUACAUCGUUUGGAUCGGAGAACGAUUUCGAGAGAGACAAAGAAAGAGAGAGGAAAAGUCGGAUAAAGAGGUGAGAUAAGAUGAGAGACGAUGACGUGUCGAUGAUUUUCCACCGGCAGAUGCGUCGCCGUUGCGCGUUAUCGGAGCGAUCCUGAGGUGGUCUCGGAUGUGCAGCGACGCGCCAUCGCGAGGGAUAACAAACGCGGGACGCUCUUACGUCAGCGGAAUUGCUACUUCGCCAUUUGUCGAGUGCUCUCAUGAAGUCAUCAGUCAGCGGAGAAUAUGAAGACCGAUUAUUUAUCGAUAAUCGCUAGGCUGUGCCCGAUGCUGAUACUGUUCGGCCCGGUUACGGAUGUCCAAUCACUUGACAUACGAUCAUGUAAUCAGUCCCUGGGAAUGGAAUCGGGUGACAUACCGGAUUCCGCGAUCACUGCGUCCUCGUCGUACGUGACGAACGUCGGACCACGAAAUGGCCGACUUCGGACGGAAACAGCCGGCGGUGCUUGGUGUCCCAAACACCAAAUAGAAAAAGGGGUUCACGAGUGGCUUCAAGUUGAUCUGCAAGGUACUCACGUUGUUACCGGUGUGCAGACACAGGGCCGUUUCGAUCGCGGUCGUGGUCAGGAAUACGUCGAGGGUUACACCCUGGAGUAUCGACGACCCGGCUUCACUCGGUGGCGUUCAUAUAAACGCUGGGACAACAAAGAGGUUUUAGCCGGCAACAGCGACACUUCUACCGUCGUGUCGCACAAUUUGAUUCCGCCUAUCUUUGCCAGCAAAAUCCGAAUUCUGCCGCACUCGGAGCACAGACGUACAGUUUGUCUUCGCAUCGAGCUCAAGGGAUGCCGAGACUCGAGCGGCAUGGUGAGCUACACCAUACCAGAUGCUUCCAUACCUGAGAUGAAUGACAGUUUGUACGACGGUAGAAGGCAGAAAGUGGAAAACGGUAACGAUUUGUUGACCGAUGGCUUGGGUUGUCUAAUCGAUGGUGAGAUCGGCGCGGACGAUUACAGACAGGAUAUAGGAGUUGGAAAAGGCACAGGUUGGGUUGCUUGGCUUCGUGACAUCUUCAAGGACUUCGUGGAGCUCAUUUUCGAGUUUGAAGCCAUAUUGGUCUUCGACGCGGUGCACAUCUACACCAACAAUUAUUUCUCACGAAAUGUUCAGGUAUUUUCGAAAGCGGAAAUAUGGUUCAGCACCGACGGCGAGACCUACGAAGACGAGCCCGUGCUUUAUUCUUACAUACCCGAUCUUCUGCUGGAAAACGCUCGAAACGUUUCAAUCGGUCUUCACGAGCGACGCGGAAGAUUUCUCAAGCUCCAACUCUACUUCGCCGCGCGAUGGAUCAUAAUCAGCGAGGUGACAUUUGAUGCAACAAAUCCUUACGAAAACAGUACGGAAGAAGCACCGUCCGAGUUUAGUAACCAAGGAAUUCCAGUCAACCCCGAAGUGGAUCUCAACUUACAAACGAUUACAGCGCCAGGAGAGGGUCAGGAAUAUCUGGAGGUAUUGAUAGGCGUACUCACCGCCAUUAUAUUGCUGCUGUUGUUGGUCUUCUUUAUUAUCCUGUUUCUCAAUCGACGACAGAAACUGCAGAGUUCACCUACGGUGUUGAAAAAUCCAUUUGGCUUUGCCAUAAAUAUGAAGGGUCUUCUUCUAAAUUUAACUCCCGGCGGUAUGCUGACGGCGGAAACCGCCAAUCGUGCCUCACCUGACAUGCCGGAGGACGUCAGCAUGCACGAAUCACUUACGAUGGAACAAUUUAAUUCGCCGCUCGUCAGUCCUCAAUACAAAUCCACGUACGCGAUCGUAGCGAAUUCCGAAUCUCCGAAGGAUUUUAAAAACAUAGAAAUAUCGGAAGAGAAUGUGCGACUGGACGCGAGACCGGAGUCUGCGGUCGGUCCAUCCAGCUGCGCCUCAUCACCGACUAACUCGCCGGCUCGUCAUUCCCAACACUACAGGACCCUUCAAAGUUAUAGCAGUCCAACUAGGAAACUCAAUAUCGCGGUUACGCCCAAUCAUCAGAGGGACGUCGAUCAAAUUCACUCGAAACGCUGGCACACAGCGCCAAAGGAGAAGCACAAGGUACCGGCGCCCGUCAUCAGUUGGAAUAUUGCACCCAGUAUGAACAAGCCGUACAAAUGCAAGGAGAUAGAGCCAACCAAUAUUCCACGUCAGUGCCUACGAACGACAGAAAAACUUGGCUCGAGAGAUAUAGGAGAGGCUAUAAUAUGCGAGGCUGUUGGUCUGGACGAGGUUGUGUCCGGCGCAUCCAGAUUGGUCGUCGCCCGUGUACCUCUGUGCAUCAAUGACAUGCGAACUAACGACACGGUAGACCAGAUGAGAGAAGUGCGAUUUCUGUCGUGUUUGUCCGAUCCGAAUGUGGCGCGAAUCUUGGGAGUGUGCAACGUCGAACCAGUGCCGUGGACGAUCAUAGAGUACACGGAACUCGGUGACCUCGCGCAUUAUCUUCAGUACAGUGUCCCGCUCACGGGAACACUCAGGCCGAACUGCAAUCUAAAAGCUCUCAGUCAAAGCUGCCUGCUGUACAUGGGAACGCAGAUAGCUUCGGGCAUGAGAUUCCUUGAGUCGAAAAAUCUGGUGCACAAGGAUUUGGCAGCUAGGAAUUGUCUGGUAGGUCGUUCUUACACCGUGAAAGUGACCGACAUAGCUAUGUGCAGCGAUCUUUACAAGAAAGACUACAGCGACUUAGGAGGUAGACCGCCCGCACCUAUCAGAUGGUUACCUUGGGAAAGUAUUCUAUUGAACAGAUACACGUGUUCGAGUAGCACAUGGUCUUUCGCCGUGACACUUUGGGAGGUGAUGAGCCUGGCUAGAGAAAAGCCGUUUCAACAUCUGUCGAACGAUCAGGUUAUUCAAAACGCCGAGCAUAUGUAUUACGGAGCAGAGUUGCAAGUACUUCUACCAAAACCAACAAUGUGUCCGGAGGAAGUUUAUCGGAUGAUGUGCACGUGUUGGAGAAGAGACGAGACAUCGCGACCAACCUUCAAAGAUAUCUAUACUUUCCUAAAGAAUGUAAUAGCGGACUAUCGACCUGGUGCAUAAGUAAUCUCGAUUAACUGUGAUACGAAAUGGACGGUCAAUCUCUUCAAAUAACACGAGCUACAUCGUUGAGACUAUUUCGAAGUGAAAAUGAAAAAAAAAAACGUUAUUCGAGAUCGUCUGACUCGCUGAGAACAUGAGAGAGACGCCUCGCGAAUCAGAUUCUCCAGAAAUGUACAAUCGUUAGUUUUAGACGUUUUAUGUGUAUCUCAAAGAGGCGUUGGACCUCGCCAUCUCUCUCCUUUUUUUCGCGCGUAUGCGCGACAAGUAAAAAUAAAAAUCCACACUCCGAAACUGCAAACUUAGCAGCGAUCGGAGAAUUCCCGCAGAAUCUAUCGCUCGUAAAUCCGUUCGUCCAGACGAAAGCAAAGACGAUAAUAACGUACGUUGUAACCCCGGAGCGAAUGCCAAACAAGUGUGAGGAUUGUAUACAAUUAUCGAGUUAUUAACGAGAGCGUCGGGUUUUUGUUUGCUUUUUACGAUAUUUAAGAUCACACGUAAUUUGCGUUUUCAAUUUGAGUUUAACAAAUCGCGUCACUUUCGUCUGAACGAAUCACCAAUGAGACAUUCUUUCAUUUUCUAGUCAAAUAUAAAUCUUUAAUUCUCACGAAAGUGCUAUCGUGUACAGUAUUCUGAUAUUAAUAAUGUGUAAUGUAUGCGCUAUACUAUAUGCUCAGUACCGAUGAAGUCUAUCCAUUUGUACAUACAAAAAUCUAGAUUUUAACACUAGGUGUAUAAAAGGGAAAUUUUUACGGCAGUAGACGUCACGACGGCUGUUCUUGUUUUUUCCUUGUCCAUUCUGUGGACGAUGUGCGGAAGAGCUGCCGACGCAAUGAAUUUGUUUUUUUUUUUUUUUUUUUUUUUUAAUUAUAAUUUACGAGUGUAAUGUAAAUUGAGCCGAAAUGGCUUGGAAUUAAAUGUAAAAAAAAAAAAAAAGAAUUUAGCCGUUUUUCGGAAAAGAGUUAAUGUUUAGCGAAAUUAAAUAUAGAGACACGAGGCUAUUUUGUUAGCUUGUCCCGUCUUACUACGCCCUAAAAAUUUCGGCUUAGUCAGAACGUGUACAUUCGAAGCCCGUCAGUAGUAAGUACUUAUUAUAUUCCGUUAUUCUCCGUUUUUAAGUUCGAACUGUAAUGUGUUAAGAGGUGUAGACUCUUCAAGUAUAUGUUCUUCCCAAGGACGUAAUGCGGACACGUAUCUUCGCUCGUUUUUAUUUAAGAGAGCAGACAAAUGCUAAAACUAACUAGCGAUGAGUAUUAUGCUUUGGAGGAAACCAAUAAAACUUUAAACAACACA